ACACCUGGGUUGGGAUUCCGACCUCAGCCGAACAUUGGGACUACUCUAAUCAGAUUUGUGAAAGGGGAUUUCAAUUCCUACAUCCACUACCUUGAUCACAUUGAGUCUUAUAUCCAGUAUUAUGAAAAUGAGCUGCAGCAGGGAGAUAAUUUCCUAGACUGCAGUGAAAUCAGGACACGAAGAAAGACAAACCUCAACAAAGUUUGUGUGUUCGAUCCUAUUGUCCUCGGAGGCGACUGUGUGAAACAGCAGAACUAUGGCUUUGAUGAUGGUCAGCCUUGUAUCUUGCUUAAGUUAAACAAGGUGUUUGGUUGGCAGCCAGAAGAAUAUUCCAAUGAAACUGUUCCAAAUAUUAUCAAAAACGUCUGGAACGAGGAUGACCCUUGGUGGGUUGUUGUGAGAUGUGAUGGCGAUAACCAUAUAACCAGAGAGAACAUGGGUGACCUUGUGUACUUCCCUUCAGAACAAGGCUUCCACUACAAGUACUUCCCUUUCCGCAACCAGCAAGGAUACAGGUCUCCCUUGAUCUUCCUGCGCUUCCAAAACGCGCAUCCUGGCAUACUGUUCAUGAUGACCUGUCGUGCUUUUGCCAAAAAUAUCUACCACGACCACGUCGAACAGAUUGGGCAAGUCCAUUUUGAGGUGUUGAUUGAUUAG